AUGUUCCAAGGGGUCAGUUUUAUCGCCAUCAUUUCAUCAAUGGCAUGGGGCUUAGGCUAUUUUGGACAACCGCAUAUUCUAGUCCGUUUUAUGGCAGCAGAUUCAGUGAAAACCAUUCCUAAUGCUCGUCGUAUUGGUAUGGCGUGGAUGAUUCUAUGUUUAGCGGGCGCUGUUGCUGUAGGUUAUGUUGGUAUUGCUUAUUUCCAAGCACAUCCUGAUAUUCCGUCAGCUGCAAUUGUGGCAAAAAAUCCAGAAACAGUGUUUAUGGAAUUAACCAAAAUCUUAUUUAAUCCAUGGGUUGCUGGUGUUGUUUUAGCCGCUAUUUUAGCCGCUGUCAUGAGCACCUUAAGCUGUCAGCUUUUGCCUCACAAAAUGAGUUGGUUUGGGUCGGUCGUUUAA